CUCAUGCACAGUAUCGACGAUAUAGGAGGUCUAGAUUCUAUCAAAUAUAUUAUAUCUUACUUCUUUAGCAAUGCAUGAGCUACACAGCAUAUUACGGCAUAACUCCUGCUCUAGACACUCGCAAUUUCACCCGGCAUUCGGCAUCACGUCGUCACAUAACACAGCAGGCCGGUGAGACGCUGACACUGCAAGUGUCAGCUGGCUUGAGACAACUGGUCUUACCUGUUUCUAUCGCAACGUUCCCAUCUUUACGCAAAUAUAAGUAAGCGAUGUGUCAAAAUAUACAAAAGCAAUAUGAGAAAUACUACUCCACGAUGCGGGGUUCAGCUUCCACCGGACCGUCGGAUGCGGCUUAUGUCAGUUCGUGAAGAUGAUGCCGCGGAAAUGCGAGUUUCGCGGAGUAAAGAAAAUGCUAUGCAGUGUAAAAAAAGAUGUCCCGUAUCAAUCACCACGCAUGAGGAAACGCGGAGAAAGAUGGACUCUAGGUAUCAUGAAAUAUCUUGGCUGAGAGAAUUACCUAACUGCUAUCGUAAAGUAGGUAGCUAAGGGUGUCCGAAUCAACAAGUAUACAUGGGCUUCUGCUAUAGACACAAUUUAUUGCAACCAAAUUGACAAAAUCGUCGAAGUAUUGAAAUCAUGGCAGCAAAGGACGUUAAUCUUCAUGCGGCCUUUGGCGAGGAUAACUUCUUUCGCAACGCAUUCAACUAUGAUUUGACACAGAUCAAAAAAUGGCUGGAUGAUUGUGUUAAGGGUGAGAAAGGAGGCCCCCAGACCGAGAAGGAAGAGGUCCGAAAGCAACUCUCGAGAAUAAAGGGGGCACUGUAUUUUCUUAUUCUCCCCGAAGGUCUCCACUUUGAUGACCCAAAUGCCAAACCAAAUAGUCACUUCCGACGCAAAGUAAGGACGGACUGGCGAACGGUUGUGGAUAAGGAUAAAGAUCCAGUCAAGUUUAAGCUCUUAUCUUGGCCGAUCGAACAUCAAGGGGCCCUGAAGGAAUCUCUCGAGUCUAGUUGGGCGAAUGCCUAUGACCUCCUUGGCCUUUUCAUUAGUAUUCUAGGCCCUGCUCCAACAACGGCCGAUAAGAAUAACUAUUUCUUGCCACUGGCCGCAGUUUACGGGCGGUGGUGCUCACGCAUCGCGGGUCACGCAUGUUGGAAGUGGAAUUGGAAAACCCCUGGGAACGGAGCGGGAGAUUGGCCCUAUAUGUUCCAGGUUACGUGGAAACUGAUGAAGGCCCCAGUCGACAAGAAACCCCCAGCUGGUAAAAAGCCUCCGGCCGAUUAUAAAGUUUUCUUCCUUGGGAGUAGCAUAGCCGGUGAUGACUGGAUAGAGAAUGACAAAGAUGAUAAGGAUAAAUAUACCGGGAAAUGGAGGAGGGCAGUACAACACAGCCGAUUUAACUGGCUCUAUAGCGGCUUACGGCUUAAAAAGUUUACGCUGAAAGAUUUCGACAGCUCACCGGUGCAAAAGAACCCAAAAACUACUUCAAAUCAACCGUACGGCAACUGUGCAGAGACAUAUCCAUUCAUCUUCAGCGUCCGCGGCUCCGGCAAUGAAGAUUUGAUGGGCCUUGCUCUUCGGAGAGAUUAUAUGAUGGAUCAAAAUUUGACGGCCUACAACCACGACAAGGUAUCAGCUAACCUCUGUGGUCCUUGUGCAAACUGCAAAAAACUUAUUCGGGAUGCGGGGGCCAAGACAGCAAACUUCUCGGUGUACAAAGAGGCAAGCUCGGCUCCGGGGAGGCCAAAAGCAACCACUGCAGCGAAAACAAAGACGGCAACAGACAAUAUGUCUGCGGUCAAUGAUCCGCCACCAGAGGGAUGGAGUAACUCUGACGACGAUUUGAACAUCGAGUAUUACUGGGGCCCUGAUGGGGAUGGCACGAUGGCCGCCCAACAAGUCGGCUUAACUGGCGCCAAGGGGUUUAUGAUUGUCUCCCGUGACAAUGGCCGCGACGCAUACAUGUUCACCGCUUCUACCGGAAAGGUUUAUCUGUGGAAUAUGGUCACAAAUGAGAUCUACGAGUACACCAAACCCACAGACCGGACCGCCAUUCUGGCUCAAAUGAAGAUGCCACCGGGGAAAGGAGAGCUGGAAAGGAAGUUGCUCUUUGGAGGCGACUUGUAGAUGAUGAUGAUGAUGAGAACGUUAACGUCUAUUGGUUGCUAUAGGCUAGGUAGCUACAGCGGCGCAUCUAUGGCGCUUUAGACGUCUAAAAUACCUCCUUUAAAAGAAACAGAGCUAGAGUUUCGCCUGACAUAAGAGAUCUUCCAUUUCCUAUCUCUAGCCUUUACCUGCUAAUAGCAUUAUUUUACCUGGUUAGCGCUGGCCCCAGAUAGCCGAUUUUGAUUAGGGGAAAAACUGUCGAAUAUGCCUUCUUAUAACGGAGAUGGAAUUACCCUUAGCGCCUAGCGUGCCCAAGGAAAAACCUAAGUCGGAUCAGUUUGGUUUGACUAUAGUGGGAUUUGAACUUAUUUAUGUUGCGGCAUGUGGGCACGGACCAUACGAUGCGCGAGGAACCACUACGCCAUGUGGGAGGGCGACUUGUAGAGAUGGUAUAUACCUCCUAGGUUAGGUAUCCAGCUCUGAGAUAACGCGCGCGCAAUAUACGAGGAAGGAGAUUGAUACUAUCUUUUUUUGAGUUAUUAUAUUUUUGGAUUGGAUGCAGCUAUCAAACUACCAUCAUGUUCAGAUA